CCAGAGCCGACAAUGCUGCGAGACGUGCGGGUGCACGAGCUCGGGCGCGGCGAGCUGGACGCGGCGGCGCUCGGCCGCCUGCAGCGCGUCGUGAGCCGCAGCGCCUUCGUGGCCAUCGACACGGAGAUGGGCGGCGUCUCGUGCCACGACACGCCGCGCCCCAGCGUCAUGGACUCGAUCGACGAGCGCUUCGCCCAGUACCGGGAGAGCGCCAGGCAGUUCCCGCUUGUGCAGUUCGGGCUCAGCGUCUUCCUCUGGGACGCCGACGCGCGCGUGUUCCGCGUCGAGACGUACCAGUUCCCGCUCUUCCCGGUCUUCCACGAGAAGGUCUUCGGCCACGGCAGCAGCAGCAAUGCGGCCAAUGGAUCCGCGGGUGCAGGCGCGUCCGCGUGCCCCGACAGGAGGUUCCUGGUGCAGGCCAAGUGUCUGCAGUACAUCCGCGCGCACGGCUUCGACCUGAACGCGUGGAUCGACCGCGGCAUCGGCCACUUGUCCCACCACGAGCAGCAGCAGGAGCCGUGCAAGUCGGCGCUGGAGAGGUCGGCCCGGCCCGAGAUCCUGCGCAAGUUCGACCCGCAGCAGCCGGCGCUCAUCACGGACGAGACCCAGGCCUUCCUGGACCAGCUCGCGGCCAAGUUGAAGCAGCGGCUCGCGGCGUUCGAUGAUGCGGGCAGGGAAAUUGUGGUGGGGCGAGGGGCUGGAACGAUGCAGGACAACGGCACGAGGCGU